UGGUGUUCCCGCAGUUCUGUCGCUUUAAGAGUCGCCCGCGGGAUCCCUGCAGUACUGCACUUGCCCGACGAUGUUGAAACAAGGACGAUCUAAUAUAUCAUUCGGUAUUAUGCUGCCGGGCUCCGAUUUCUCAGAUUACCAUGUGAUGGAUGCUUGUGUGGUUUUAAACGCUCCAGGACCCACGCGUUCAUUUUAAACCACGCUGCAGUGUGUGUGACGGGGAGCUGGGGAGGGGGGGAGGGAGGUGAUGGAGAUGGGAGAGGGAAUGUCACUCAAGACGCGAGAGGGAUAGAGCUGAACAGAUGUGUGAGUGAUCGAAUGCUUAUCACUAGGCAACGGAUGUUUGUGUUGCACUGACGGCGUCUGCGGUAUUGCGAAUUGUUCAUCCUCUUAAGACACCGAUGACUACAACUACCAGAAUUCAAAGCUGACCCCCCACCGCAAGUCAAAUAGCCGCAGCGAUCACAUGUACAGUACGUUAUUAGAAACAGUCGCUUUGAAGGAAUUACCCUGUCGGAAGUGACUCUGCGCUUCUCACGAAUUUCCUAUUCUUUCACUUGCAGAACCGCGGAAUACAUGUGGCAUUUGAAAAGCUGGUGUACUAUAUGAGGACGAUGAAGUGAAUGUGGGGGGAACCGCAGGAGUGAGUAAUCAAACACAGGCAUAGCGGAUAAAUUCCAUGACUGCAGUGGCACCGUUUCAGCGGCGAGCUGAAGAGGGAAAUAAAUAAGGUUGAAUAAAGCCUAUUAACAGCAACAGCAUGGGCUGAUUCUUAGUGAUAUCCAAUAAAUGAAUGAAUAACGGACACAGGCAUAGAGAGCUCCAGAAAUUAACGUUCCGCUCUGGGCAACAGCCUGGUUUUCCGGGUGGAGUUUGACAGCGCUUUAUGCAGAAGACAGAAGCCGAAUGAAUGUGUACCCGGGACACAUAGCAAGAAAACCGCAGGAGAACGAUGGCAGCCGAUCCAGAUUCAAGGUUGCUACGGGUGACAGUCCUUCACGAGUGCAUCGGCUACCGAGUUUUCAAGGUCCUGCCCUCCACAGCCAUUGGAGACAUCAAGCGGCGCAUCCAGGAGGAGGCGGCCUUCCCCAUGUCCGAGCAGUGGCUGCUUCACAAUGGCAGAGUGCUGCAUGAUGGAGUUCAGACUGGAAGCCUGGUGCUCCCUGGGAGCCAUGAAAUAUUCAUGACACUGCAAGGACGGGGCCUAAAAGGAGGAGGGCGGUUUGGCCAGACAACACCACCCCUGGUUGAGUUUCUGAAAGACAUUCUACGGAGGUAUCCAGAAGGGGGACAGAUUUUGAAAGAGCUGAUUCAGAAUGCAGAGGACGCAGGUGCCACUGAAGUGAAAUUUAUGUAUGAUGAGACAGAGUAUGGACGAGAAUCACUUUGGUCACAUGACAUGGCGCAGUAUCAAGGCCCGGCUUUGUAUGUGUACAAUAAUGCAGUGUUUACGACUGAGGAUUGGAAUGGUAUUCAGGAAAUAGCGAGGAGUCGAAAGAGGGAUGACCCCCUGAAAGUUGGAAGAUUUGGGAUUGGUUUCAAUUCAGUGUACCACAUUACAGAUGUCCCCAGCAUUUUCAGUGGUGAUCAAAUUGGCAUGCUGGACCCCCACCAAACCCUGUUUGGGCCGCAUGAAUCGGGACAGUGCUGGAACCUGAAGAUGGACAUCAAGGAGAUAACGGAGCACACGGAUCAAUUCGCCCCCUACAUCGGCCUGUUCGGGAGCUCAGAGAAAACCAUCAAAGACGGCAGCUUCCCAGGCACCCUGUUCCGUUUCCCACUCCGUGUGAGGCCCUCCCAGCUCAGCGGGAACAUCUACAACAAGGAGAAGGUCCUGGAGCUCUUUGAGUCCUUCAAGGCUGACGCCGACACAGUGCUUCUCUUCCUUAAGAGCGUGCAGGAGGUCUCACUGCACGCUCGCGAGUCGGAUGGCACAGAGAGGAUGCUCUUCCGGGUCACGGCCAGUGAGGACCCUGAAGGGAAGCUGGAGCGGCCCAGCUCCCUGAAGACCCUGGGCCUGGCGAUCGACAGCUACAGCAACGGCGUCCCUGGUGGAAAAGUCACCUGCGCCACCUACCAGGUGAACAUUGAGACGCAGGACGAGAUGACAAAGGAGACACAGAGGACCACCUGGCUGGUCUGCAAUGGGGUCGGGGGUCGUGGGAUGUGUGGUGACCUGGACACCUUGGCCGAUGACCUCAGGUUCAUCCCUGCCAUCGGCAUUGCCCUGCCCCUUACCCCAGUGGAUGACGAUGAGGGAGCCAGCUCUGGGUUUUCAGGGCGGGCCUUCUGUUUUCUUCCACUCCCACCAGGCGAGGAGAGCACCACUGGGUUGCCUGUGCACGUCAGUGGCUUCUUUGGUCUCACUGACAACCGGCGGAGCAUUAAGUGGCGGGAGGUGGACCAGUGGAGGGACCCGGCGGCGCUAUGGAAUGAGCUGCUGGUCAUCACAGUCAUCCCCAGGGCCUAUUUCACUCUCGUCAUGGAGGUCAUCAAGAGGAUCCAGACCAAAGAGGACCAGGACUUCCCCCUCUCUGCCCAAGGGUCCUACAGGGCAUGGCCAGACCCUAGCAGGGUGCGGGCCCACUGGAAGCCCAUUCUGGAGCCCCUUUUUCAGGACCUCAUCCAACUGCCGGUCAUCUACUCCCUCAGUGGUGACUGGAUCACAGUAGAGCAGGCAGUGUUCUUGGAGCUGGACGAUGGCAAGGACAGCACAGAGGCUGUGAUCAGUUACCUCCAGAGCUCAGGGAUGCAAGUGGCCAAGGUACCAGCUGCUGUGGGUGCUGUCUUGGCUGCAUACCCUCCGACUUUGGGAAAGGUGGCAAAGGUGACACCCGCUCUGGUGCGGCAUGUGCUGAGGAAGACCAGACACCAAGGGUCUUCGCAGGAGAAGCUCCUCCUGCUGGAGUUUGUCCUUAGCGAUGGCUGCUACAGUGACCUCAUUGGCCUGGAGCUGCUCCCACUGCAGAACGACACAUUUGUAGCAUUUUCCUCAUCUGUGAAUGAGAAGGAUGCAGUUUACAUCACCUCAGAUGAGUACCCACGGUCUCUUUACCCAGGACUGGAGGGAAGAUUUAUUCUGGAGAGUAUAAAACCAACAGUCAUGAACAGCCUGAAGGAAGCAGCCAAGAGCCGAGGGAGACCCUGCACCCAGGUACAGGAACUGACACCUGAGCGAUCUGCUCGCCUAAUUAAGGAGAUACUCACAACGACAUGGCCUUCACGAGAUUUUACUGUCCAGUGGAACCCUGGGAACCGAGAGAAGAAACAUCCCUCCAUCCCUUGGCUGAAGAUGGCAUGGAAGCAUCUCUACAUAUAUUUUGCUGAUGACCUUAGCAUCUUCGAAGACAUGCCCUUGAUCCCACAGGCACCAUUGGAGGACGGCAUGGACUUGGUGGAACUCCUGCGUCUCAGAACUCCAUCUCCCAUCAUCCUCAUGGACGAGGAAGAGGCGCCGCUCCCAGAAGGACUUCUGGAUGUCAUGAAAAAACUUGGUGGGGUUGUCAUGAAAAAGCUAGACCUUUGUUUGCAACACCCACUCCUCAAAAACUACAUCCACCCAUCAUCACCCAGUGCACUGCUCCAAAUGAUGGACAGGUCCACCUCACAGAGGGUUGUCAACCAGAUUUCAUCCUUGUCUAGCAAACAGAAGGUUGCACUGAGAGGCUUCUUGGCUGGCCUGUCAGAGAUCACAGAGAAAGAGAAGCGCAUACUCCAGGAGCUCGCCAUUUUUGAGAAAAUAGGACCCCGCACAGAGAAAGGUACACCAAUAUUUACUGCACUGAAAGGAGCCAAAGCUUUACACCAUAGUGCCAAGCUUCCAUCAGAUGUCAGGCUGUCCAUCAAUAUCAUCGACAGCAGUGACGAGGCUGCUAUCCGCCUGAUUAAAAUGCUGAAUGUGGAACAGGUGAAGAGCACUGAAUGUUUAAAGUUGAUUGUUCAAGACAUUGAGAAGGGCUUCUAUGCCAAAGAUGAAGUCACUAAAAUCAUUCUCUGGGCACUGAAACAUUUGUCAUUCCUGAAGAAUGAAAAUCCAUCUGUAAUUGAGUGGCUUUCAUGUCUGAAGUUCAUCCAGAUUUCUGCGGGAAAGCCUGUCUCUCCCAUUGAGCUGUUUGAUCCAGAGCUGGAGAUUUUACAGAACCUCUUCUAUAUGGAAGAGAAGAACAGGUUUCCUCCAAGCACAUACACCGCAUCACCCGACAUUCUCCAUUCCCUUCGACAGUUAGGACUGAAGAACGAAGUACAGCUCACAGAGAAAGACGUUCUUCAGGUGGCACGCAAAAUCGAAGAUUUGCAGAGCAACAGCAAACAUGAGUGGGACCUCUUGUUGAAGAAAGCCAAAACGCUGCUGACAAUAUUGAACAGGCAGACAAAGUUGGUGAAGUCACCUGAAGCCCAAUCCUCAUUGCAGAAAAUAAAAUGGGUGCCAGUUUGUAAAGAGAGGCCACUGAAUUAUCCACACUCCCUUGCCUGGAUGGGAGACUCUUUUAACAUCAGCUCAUUCUCUGAAAUGUGUGACAUAUCUCAUGCAGUCCUGGUAGGUUCUUCAGUCGCUCUUGUGGAACGUACCUCUGCAGGCAUGAAAAAGGCCUUGAAGUUAUCAAUAGAGCCUCAGGUUGAUCAAGUGCUCCAACAUUUAAAGGCAGUCAAUGACUGGCACAGAUCCCAAGCUUUUACCACAGAGGACUGGUACCAGUUCCAACAAAUUCUUUUUGAAAUCUAUGACUUCAUGCAAGCACAUCUAGAAGGGGCGAGAGAAGCAAUGAAGUCACUGCCGUUUGAUUGGGUCUGGACUGGAAAAACAUUCUCUUCUCCCUGUCACACUGUUUUAAAACCCAUCCCUGACCUAGAUCUGCAGCCUUACUUGUACUCUUUACCAAAAACAAUAGCAAAGUUUCACAAGCUGUUUCAGUUCUGUGGUUCAGUGGAAGAGGUUGUCCCUAGUCAUGUGUUUGAGGUGGUCAAUACCAUAAAACAAAGGAGUGAACAGGAAAUGACAAAAGAGGAAAGCAAACACAACCUUCUUCUUCUGAUCAACAUCUUAAGAUGGCUGUACAACAAUCAGAUCUCUGUUGAUCUCAACAUGCAUGUUCCAAUCCUUUGCUACAAGGAUCCAAGUAAAUUGGCCAUGAAACCCAUCCAUGAAUGCACCUACUGUGACAUCAAAGUGGAUGACCUAAAUGAUUUGCUUGAUGAUGUGUCAGAACCCAUCAUUUUAGUUCACGAUGACAUCCCCAUGAAAACUGCUGAAUGGCUGAAUGUGCCCUGUCUGAGCACAAGACUGAUCAAUCCAGAAAACCUUGGUUUUGAACAAUCAGGUCAGAGAGAGCCUCUGACAGUAAGAAUUAAGAACAUUUUAGAGGAGUAUCCGUCUGUUUCCGACAUCUUCAAAGAGCUUCUACAGAAUGCUGAUGAUGCCAGUGCCACAGAGUGCAGCUUCUUGAUUGACAUGCGGAAAAAUCUUGAAAUUCGAGAGAACCUGUUAGACCCUGGCAUGGCUAUUUGUCAUGGCCCUGCCUUGUGGUCCUUCAACAACUCUGUCUUCUCUGAUACUGACUUCCUGAACAUAACCAGGUUAGGGGGGUCAAUGAAGAGAUGUGAGGCUGACAAAGUAGGCAAAUUUGGCUUGGGGUUCAAUUCGGUUUACCAUGUGACUGACAUACCCAUUAUCAUGAGCAGAGAGUUCAUGAUUAUGUUCGAUCCCAACAUCAAUCACAUCAGCAAGCACAUAAGAGACAGGUCAAAUCCUGGCAUCAAAAUCAACUGGAGUAAACAGCAAAAACGGUUGAGGAAGUUUCCCAAUCAGUUCAAACCUUUCAUCAAUAUUUUCAACUGUCAGCUGCCUCUUGCUCAGGAGUCCCCUUAUAAAUACAACGGGACCCUCUUCAGGCUCCCCUUCAGGACUGAGCAGGAGGCGUCAGUGAGUGAGAUCAGCAGCAUCUACUACAACACCACGGACAUUUACUCUCUGGUGGACGAGUUCAGCAUCUGUGGCCAUCGGCUCAUACUUUUCACUCAGCAUGUUGGUUCCAUGGUACUCAAGUACUUGAAGUAUGAAGAGCCAAACCCUGCGGCUGCGCAGGAUGUUGUCACCAUAAACAAAAGUGUCUGGUCCUCUAAGGCCACAUAUGGGCCUCUGAGUAUCCUGAAGGCAGCAGCGAAAGUGAUGAAAAAGGUGGCAAACACCAACAGGGUGCCCGCUGAUGUGCCGAAGUCUGGCUGCAUCAUAAGGAUUGUGGUCGAAGAGUUCCAUAACGUGUUCAGACGUAUUGUGGAUCUCCAGUCCCCACUCUUCAGAGGUUCAGAUGAGGACCCAUCCUCGUACUUUGAGAUGGCUGCCAAAGGGGCCCAGAACAAAAGGCUCACUGACGAAAUGCCACAAAAGGCAGUUGACCUCACAAACUGGCUCAUUUGUUCAUGCAUGGAUGUGACUGAAGCGCUCAAAUUCUCCCUGAGUGAAAGUGGGAGGCGUCUUGGGUUGGUCCCAUGUGGAGGUGUGGCCGUUUUGCUCUCAGAGGGAGAAAAUCGGACAUGGACAGUGAAGACAAACCCCACUCCAAUUGGAGAGGUGUUCUGCUAUUUGCCUCUUAGGAUCAAAACUGGUUUGCCUGUCCACAUCAAUGGCUGUUUUGCUGUGACAUCCAAUCGCAAAGAGAUCUGGAAGACAGACACAAAAGGAAACUGGAAUUCAGUCUUCAUGAGGCAUGUGAUUGUCCAGGCCUACCUAGCAGCUCUUAGUAUGCUUCGUAAUAUGGCUGAAAAUGGAGAACUGGUCAAUUACAGCUACUAUGCAGCAUGGCCUGACCCUGGUGUUGUGCACGAUGACUUCACUCUGAUCAGCCAAGGAGUCUACCAAGAAAUAGCCAAAGGGGGUGAUAGUGAAGCUUCAAAAGUGUUUUCAGAUGGCAGCACUUGGGUGUCAAUCAAAUAUGUCAGGUUCCUGGACGACUCAUUGCUGUGCAGACCUGAUAUUGGCCCUGCUGCUUUCAAGAUUUUCUUGAAAUACCUCAAGAAGAGUGGCUCCCAAGACCUCUGUGCUGUUGAGCUGCCAGACUGGGUCAAGGAAGGCUUUGAUGAUGCUGGAUGCAAGGGGAAGCUUAUGGAGAACACACUGACAGAGAAACAGUUCUUCACAGAUGUCUUUUUUCCACAUAUCCAGGACAUUGAUAAAGACCUGAGGGACCCCCUAAUGCACUAUGUCCUCAAUGAGAAGCCGGAGGAGUUUGCUGCUAUUCUCAAAGUAACACCAUGCAUUCCAUGCUCCAGUCAGUCCCAUCAGCUCGUUGUUCCCUCCCGCUUGAUCCAUCCAGAGGGGAGAGUUGCAAAGCUAUACAACACAGAUGAUGGACGCUUCCCAGAAGGAACCACAAAGGACUACCUGAACCCAGUGUGUCUGGUCAAGUUGGUGCAGCUGGGAAUGGUUAAGGACGACCUGUCAUGGGAAGACCUGAUCGAACGCGCUGAGUCGGUGGUUGUGUUGAACGAAGCCGAUCACACAGCGGCGUGUUUCCGGAGCAGUAUAUUGCUGAGCCUUGUUGAUGAGAAGCUGAAAAUAAGAGACCCGAAAACCAGCGAGUACCUGGAAAAGCUUCAGAACAUACACUUCCUCCCUUUCCUGACAAAGCCGGCAGGUUUCUCUCUGCCAUGGUAUGGGAAUAAGUUCCCGCCCUCCACCAUGUUUGCUGCCACUGAUCUUUACACCACGGACCACCAGGACACUGUAUGCUUGAUGAAGCCCAUUCUCAAUGAGAACUCACCGUCUUUUAAAGGAUGUGGCAUGAUCACCUUGGCCGUGAAAGACUUUCUGGGGUUGAUAAAAAAGCCGACAGUUGAACUAGUAGUCAGUCAGCUCAACGAACUUUCUAAGUCAUUUGAUGGAGUUACCUUGUAUCAAGAAAAUAUCACCAAUGCCUGCUACAAAUACCUGCAUGAGGAAAUGUUGCAGGAUGGCACAGCAAAGGAGAAAAUCAUGGAAGAGCUGAAAACAUUCUCCUCCAUACUUGUUGAGAAUACUUACGUUGAUCCAUCGAAGGUGGCCUUCCACCUGAACUUUGACGCAGCUCCUUAUCUUUACCAGCUUCCCAAUAAAUACAGAAACAGCUGCCGUGAACUCUUUGAAAAUGUUGGGGUUCAGUCAAGCUUUACUGUUGAGAACUUUGCCAAUGUUCUUGAGUUGGUGAAAAAAGAAUGUGGACGAAAACCACUGUCCGAGGACAAUUUUCAGCUCUGCCGCAGAAUAAUCAGUGAAGGAAUAUGGGGUCUGAUCAGAGACAAAAACCAAGAAUUCUGUCAAGGCACAUAUGAGAUACUGUUGCCAGACACCCAUCUUACACUGCAGCCAUCAAAAACUCUGUGCUACAAUGACUGUCCUUGGAUUAAAGUUAGAGACACAACAGUGAAGUACUGUCAUGCUGACAUUCCAAGAGAAGUGGCCGUAAAAUUAGGAGCAGUGCCCAAACGUCACAAAGCAUUAGAGAGGUACGCGUCCAACAUAUGCUUCACCACACUUGGAAGUGAGUUUGGUCAGAAAGAGAAACUCACAAGCAGGAUCAAAAGCAUCCUUAAUGCCUACCCAUCUGAAAAGGAGAUGCUGAAAGAGCUCCUUCAAAAUGCAGAUGAUGCCAAAGCCACAGAAAUUUACUUUGUGUUUGACUCGAGGUUCCACCCCACAGAUAGAAUCUUCGAUGACAAAUGGGUCCCCAUGCAAGGGCCGUCGCUUUGCGUGUACAACAAUCAGCCGUUCACAGAAGAUGAUGUGCGAGGAAUCCAGAAUCUGGGACGGGGGACAAAGGAAGCAAAUCCAGGCAAAACCGGACAAUACGGCAUAGGGUUCAAUUCAGUUUAUCAUAUAACAGACUGCCCCUCUUUCAUUUCAAACAAUGACAUUCUGUGCAUCUUCGAUCCUCAUGCACGUUAUGCACCAGGGGCCACAUCUGUGAGUCCAGGAAGAAUGUUUCGUGAUUUGGACACUGACUUCAGGACCCAGUUUUCCGAUGUGCUGAACCUGUAUUUGGGAUCUCACUUCAAGCUUGAACGUUGCACAAUGUUUCGAUUUCCUUUGCGUACUGUUGAAAUGGCAAAAAACUCAGAAAUCAGCUCAGUCCCAGCCUCAGAUAGGAUGGUGCAAAAUCUCCUUGAUAAAUUGAAAGCUGAUGGAGCAGAGCUGCUUAUGUUCCUAAACCAUAUGGAGAAGAUUUCCAUCUGUGAAAUAGAUGGGGCCACAGGAGACCUGAAAGUGCUUUACUCUGUGACCGCUAAAAUCACAGAUGGCGAUCGUCUAAAACGUAAACAGUUUCAUGCCUCUGUAGUGGAUAGUGUGACAAAAAAGAAGCAGCUGACACAAAUCCCAGUCCAGCAGAUAACCUACACAAUGGACAUAGAGGACUCAGAUGGCAAUUUAACCACUUGGCUGGUUUGCAAUCGCUCCGGUUUUUCCAACAUCAACAAAGUCUCAAAGAGUGUUAUCUCUGCACACAAAAAUGAAGACAUAACUCUCUUCCCACGAGGAGGUGUGGCAGCAUGCAUCAGCCACAACUACAAAAAACCCCACCGAGCUUUCUGCUUUUUGCCCCUUUCCUUAGAGACUGGCCUACCUUUUCACGUAAAUGGGCAUUUUGCUUUAGACUCUGCCAGGAGAAACCUCUGGAGAGAUGACAAUGGAGUGGGUGUGAGGAGUGACUGGAACAACAACCUAAUGACGGCUUUGAUUGCACCAGCCUAUGUGGAACUGUUGAUUCAGCUGAAAAGACGAUUUUUUCCAGGACCUGAUCCCACUAUGACUGUGUUACAGGGAACACCAAUCCACAUUGUCAAAGAUUUAUUAAAGAAAUUCCUCUUCUUCUUCCCUGUAAACAGACUUGACAUUCAACCGGAUUGGUAUUGUCUUGUCAAAGCGGUGUACAACUGCAUUCAUGCUGACCUGAAGCGUUUACUGCCAGUUGUCAGAGCCCCACACAUAGACAACACAGACAUGCAUUCUGCCAUAUACAUAUCCUGGGUGAACACAUCCACUGCAAGCAAAAGUCGAGCAUUCUUUGACAACCUCCUUCAGGAUGAACUGCAGCAUUUGAAGAACACAGAGUACAACAUUACCACUCGCAAGACUGUCGCUGAAAAUGUGUACCGAUUGAAGGCCAUGCUUCUGGAGGUUGGCUUCAACUUAGUCCACAGUUGUGAUGAAACAGCCAGCUUGUACUUCUGCCUGGAGGAUGCUGGGAUCCCAGUGAGCUAUGUAACACCGGAGGAUGUCCGUAGCUUUCUCCUCACAUUCUCGUCCCCAGAUUCAACUUGCCAGGUUGGAAAACUGCCUUGCCGUCUCCAGCAGUCAAAUUUCAAGCUUUUCCACAGCCUGAAACUACUAGUUGACUACUGCUUCAAGGAUAUUGAGGAGGACGAGAUCACAAUAGAGGGGCUGCCGCUAUUGAUAACAAUGGACAACAUUCUACAAGUGUUUGAUUCGAAAAGACCAAAAUUUCUUACCGUGCACCAUGAUCUUAUCCCCUCCAGAAAAGAGCUGUUCAUGAACACACUAUAUAUGAGAUACAGCAACGUCCUCAUGAAGUCCGGUGUUGCAAAGGUCUUUGAUAUCAGCAGCUUUGGGGAUCUGUUGGGAUCAGUCCUACCGAGGGAGUAUCGCACAAGGAUUUCUGUGCGGUGGAAAGACAACUACGCCAGUGAGUCUUGGCUGAAAAGUGUAUGGCACUUCAUUAGUGAGAAUGUCUGCCUCAAAGAUGAUCAGACAGAAAUCAAGCCCAAAUUUGAAACCAUACUGGAUAUUCUGAAGGACUGGGCCUUGCUGCCAGGCAUCAAGUUCAUGGUCUCCAGCAACAAGUUAGUCGUACCUGAGCAUGAUGUUUUGUUACCACCUAGCCUGAUAUAUGCUGCCAUCUUUCCAAAUGGACAGAACGACAAGGUAUUUCACACCCUCAUGAAAGGGGGAUGCAUUCAGCUGGCUGUCAACAAAAUCUGCUCCAAAGAGAAUCCUGUUCUUCCCUUUCUUGCUCAGCAUACAGCAAAUAUCGAGAAUCCCUCCAGCAUCCUGAAGGCCCUGGAGUACAUGAUUCAAACUUCAGCCUUUAAGACUGGGAGCUUGACUGACAAGGACUUUGAGGCACUUCUCUUGUACUUCAACUGCAAUUUGCUCAACCUGUCCCAGGAGGACGUGCAGAGUCUUAAGCUGCUCCCUUGCUACAAGGCAGUCAGUGGACGAUACAUUAGCAUUUCAAACUUCGGGUCCUGUUAUGUUCUUACAAAAAGCAUCCCAUCUGCAGAUAUGGAGAAGUGGGCCCACACAACAUCAUCCGCGUUCCUUGUCGAUAAUCCACAGGUGAAAGAACUCUACAGCUUCCUUGGGUGUACCCCCAUUGAUGAUCUUGAAGUCUAUCUAAAGCAUCUCCUACCCAAGUUCGACAGCCUGUCUCAUGAUGCCAAAAUUGAACACCUCAUAUAUCUGAAGGAGAGACUCCUUAGUAUGGAGGAGCCUUGUGGGGUGAAGAAUCAGCUCUAUGAGAAACUGGAGGGUCUCGCCUUCAUUUAUGAUUCCAACAACCGCCUGAAGCCUGCCAAAGUAUUCUAUGAUCAGACUGUGAGGGUGUUUGAGGUGAUGUUGCCAGCAAAGUCAUUCAUACCCAGUGAUUUCUUCAAGAAAGUCGAGCAAGUGGCUAAGCCCAAGAAUGGAACCUCCUUUCUCCCCUUGUGGAUCACAUUUCUGCGAAAUAUAGGACUGAAGUACAUUGUUUCUCAGCAGCAGGUUCUGCAGUUCGCAAAAGAGGUCAGCAUCAAAGCCCAGACAGAGAGCUGGUCCAAAGAAAAAGCCCAGGCUGUUGUGGAUGUUCUCCUCAACCACAUCUUCAGUGAGAGAACAGAUCUUUUUGUGGGCACUUUUCUCAAAGAGCUUUCAAUGAUACCUUUCCUAUGCCCAGAGCGCGCACCUACUGAACUCAUCCGGCUCCAUGCUCAACACCAAGAAAUGAUUGGCACUCUUCCUCUCAUUCGCUUCAAUGGCUCUCAGGUGAACCCAAAGUUCAAGCAAACUGAUAUCAUCCAGUUGCUUUGGACAUCUUGCCCCAUCCUCCCUGAAAAAGCCACUCCAGCUGGUAUAAAAGAUCAGGAAGGAAGUACCCUUUCUAGCCAAGAACAGCUAGAUCUAGUUUUGACAAUGCUGAACGUCAACUUGGAGCCACCCCUGGACAAAGUAAUAAGCAACUGCAAAAAUAUCUGCAGCCUGUCUAACCUUGAUGAUGACAUGGUGAAAACACGAAACAAAGUCCUAAGGUGUACCUAUGAGUUUCUCAAUGCAGACAAGCGAGAGUUUCGUUACCAGCUGAGAGGGGUGGCCUUUGUCAUGGUUGAGGAAGGCUGGAAACUUUUAAAACCUGAGGAAGUUGUCAUAAAUCUAGACAAUGAAUCUGAUUUUAAACCAUACCUGUACAAGCUUCCUUUAGAGCUUGGUACAUUUCACCAGUUGUUCAAACUGUUAGGAACAGAAGAUGUUGUGUCAACAAAACAACAUGUGGAGGUACUUUGCCGCAUUUACAGAAAUUCGGAGGGCAAGCAGCUUGACCCAAAUGAAAUGAGAACUGUGAAGAGGGCUGUUUCUGGGCUUUUCAAAAGUCUUCAAAAUGAUCCUGUGCAGAUCCGCAAAGACUUGGAAAACCUCAGAGAUUUGACUUUUUACCUGCCUAGUCAUGAUGGCAGGCUAGCCAAGUCUAACACUUUAGUGUUUGAUGACGCUCCACACUACAAGAGCAGAAUCCAGGGUAACUUCGGUGUCCAGAUGCUUGUGGACAUGAGUCAGUGUUACCUUGGCAAAGACCAUGCCUUCCACACAAAGAUGAUUAUGCUCCUUCCACAGAAGCUGAGGCCCAGGCUCUUGAGUAGCAUUCUUGAAGAGCAACUUGAUGAAGAGUCUCCCAAAAUGUGUCAGUUUGGCGCUCUCUGUUCCCUUCAGGGCCGUCUACAGCUGCUUCUGUCAUCCGAACAGUUCAUCACAGGGCUUAUUCGCAUAAUGAAGCACGAGAACGACAACGCCUUCCUGGUGAAUGAGGAAAAAGCCAUCCGACUGUGCAAAGCCCUUUGUGAGGGUCUCAAGGUGUCUUGCUUUGAGAAGCUGCAGACAACAUUGCGGGUAAAAGGCUGCAGUCCAAUUCCACACAGCAAGAGUGAAACCCUAGCCUUUCUGAAAAGAUAUGGCACUGCUGUCAUUCAUCUCUAUAUUCAGCACUCUGACAGCAAAGACAUCAAUUUUCUCCUAGCUCUUGCUAUGACUCUGAAAUCUGCCACAGACAAUUUGAUAUCUGAUACCUCUUAUCUGAUAGCCAUGCUGGGGUGCAAUGACAUCUACAGAAUUACUGAGAAGCUGGAUAACCUUGGUGUCAAGUACGACUCCACAGAACCCUCUAAACUUGAACUUCCUCUUCCUGGAACCCCAAUACCUGCUGAAAUUCACCACAUACUCCUCAUGGAUCCCAUGAAUGUAUUUUACCCGGGCGAGUAUGUGGGGUACCUUGUCGAUUCUGAAGGAGGCGACAUCUAUGGCACCUACCAGCCAACCUACACAUAUGCUAUAAUUGUUCAAGAGGUGGAAAGAGAAGAAGAGGAUAACCCGAGCUUCCUUGGAAAAUGCUUCCAAAUUGAUAUUGGUUACAGUGAGUAUAAAAUAGUCAGUUCCCUCGACUUAUACAAAUUUUCCAGACAAGACGAAAGCACGCACAUCCGAGACAGUGCCCCUUCCACACCAACUAGCCCUUCAGAAUGUUCUUCCUCUGGUCCAAGGAUGGUUCCUCCUCUCUUCCCUGGAAAGGAGAAUCACAGAGCUCCUCCUAUAAAGAUACCCCCAAAAAAGAUAAAACUCAAUGCACUACCAGAAAUCCUGAAAGAAGUGACUUCAGUGAUAGAACAAGCAUGGAAGCUUCCUGAGUCUGAAAGGAAAAAGAUCAUUCGUAGACUGUAUCUCAAGUGGCACCCAGAUAAAAAUGCAGAGAACCUGGAGAUUGCUACAGAGGUCUUCAAGCACUUGCAGAACGAGAUCAGUAGGAUGGAGAAGCAGUCACUGGCAGACCAGAGUGCAGACCGAGCUUCCAGAAGACCUUUCUCCACCUCAUCCACCCGCUUCCAGUCCGAGAAGUUUUCAUUUCAAAGGUUCUACACCUCAUGGAACCAGGAAGCCACAAGCCAUAAGUCGGAGAAGCAGCAGUUCCGAGAGCAGUACACAAGCUAUGCAGGCUCCUCGCAUUCCAACCGCUUCUUUGUGCCACCCUCCUUCAAGUCUGUCGGCAAUCCAGUGGAAGCUCGGAGGUGGCUCAGACAAGCGAGGGCCAAUUUCUCCGCUGCCAGGAACGACCUCCACAAGAACGCCAAUGAGUGGGUUUGCUUCAAGUGCUACCUGGCUACCAAGUUGGCUUUGAUAGCGGCCGACUAUGCUGUCAGGGGGAAGUCUGACAAGGAUGUGAAGCCUACAGCCCUGGCCCAGAAGGUGGAGGAGUACAACUCACAGUUAGCUGGGCUAGCCAAGGAUGUGCACAUCUUGGAAGGCUAUGGUGUGGAUAGCUUAAGGACUCGCUAUCCUGACCUUUUGCCCUUCCCCCAGAUUCCCAAUGACAGGUACACCUCUGAGGUGGCAAUGAGAGUGAUGGAAUGCACAGCUCGGAUCAUUAUUAAACUUGAGACUUUUGUGCAGCAAAAAGUAUAACUCUGUUGCAUUAGUCCAGUCAGAUAGGGAUAUAUACAUAGGGAUAUAUACAGAGCCUUCAGCUAAUAGAAACUCUAGCAGCUGUGUCCAGUGUUGAUGAAUAUAUUGUUGUGUUAAGGCGAAAUUAUGUAUCCAGUUGGCAGCUUAGAUAAGUAGUGUUGAUACUCAAAGCCCAUGCAUAGUAUUUUAAUGUAUGGCUGCUUCAUAUCCAAAAAGAGACACUCUGAGCCUGAAAAUAAAUUGCUGAUAUUCUACCCAGUACAAACACACAAUUUCUUCACAAUGUCUUUUAGUUGCAUUGCUGUACAUAAGAA